AUGAGUGUAGAACAGUUGGAAGCAAAUUCAGAUUGUAGACGAGUUGAAGACAUAUCCUUGCUGUCACAUUCAAAAUCCGUGGAUGAUGUUUACAUUCCCCAAGUGGUCGAAAACUGCAAACCAAAGGUUGGACAAGAGUUUGAAUCGAUAGAUGGGGCACAUGAGUUCUACAUUAAAUAUGCAAAAGAGGCGGGGUUUAGUGUUCAUAGCAGUUUGACUAAGAGAUGUAAAGGUGCAAAAGAAGUUGUCAGGAAAGAAUUUGUGUGUUUUAAGGAAGGAGUAUCUUCUAAAAAGGACGAUGAGAGAAAAAGGUGUCGGGGGAUGACAAGAGAAAAUUGUAAAGCUAAACUUGCCGUGGUUAGGUCAAAAACGGGGAAAUUUGUCAUCACUGUAUUUGUUGAAGAACAUAGUCAUCCAUUAUCAACCCCUCGAAGAGUGCAUUUGUUGAGAUCACAUCGUAGUGUGUCUGAAGCCAAGAAGUCACUAACUUUGCAGUUUUCAGCAGCAAAUGUGCCAACUCAUCAACAAAUAAGCAUUCUUGAAUUUGAAGCUGGAGAUGUAGAUGAUGAUGGUAAAUUGAAGCGUUGUUUUUGGGCUGAUUCGGUGUCUAGAAGAGCUUAUGGAUGUUUUGGUGAUGUAGUUGUAUUUGAUACAACUUACAACACUAAUCAAUAUGGUAUGAUAUUUGCACCCUUGGUGGGGGUGAACAAUCAUGGUCAAAUGGUGCUUUUUGCAUGUGCCUUUUUAAGUGAUGAAAAAACGGUAUCAUUUGUUUGGUUGUUUGAGCUAUUAAAGGAUAGCAUGCCGACGAACAACCCAAAAAUGAUCAUUACCGAUCAAGAUCCUGCAAUGAAAAAGGCUAUAGUUCAGAGCUUACCGAAUACAUUUCAUAGGUAUUGUAGUUGGCACAUACUUGAGAAGUUCUCUACGUAUUUAAAUGCGAUCACCUAUAGAGAUUUUUAUAAGGACUUCCAACAAUGCAUUUGGGAAUCAGAAUGCCCUGAAGAGUUUGAAAGAAAAUGGGUGACUACCAUCGAGAAGGCAAGCCUAGAUAACAAUGAUUGGUUAAAAUCAACAUUUGAGCUACGUUCAAGAUGGGUGCCUGCAUAUGUUAACCAUAUAUUCUCAGCUGGAAUGUCAAGUAGCCAACGUGUGGAAAGCUCCCAUGCAUUUUUCAAGAAAUAUGUUUUGAAGAGAAACUUAUUGAUGGAUUUCAUACUUCGAUUUAAUAGGGCGCUUGCACAUCAACGCCACGAAGAGUUAGGGGUUGAUCACGUUGAUAUUAAUGAGAAGCUUUUUGAGAGUGAAGAACUUCCUUGUAGACAUAUCUUGGCAUUCUUGAGACUAUUUGGUAACAUUCCUUUGCCAAAUCAAUAUAUAAUGAAAAGGUGGACUAGAGGUGCAAAAUGUCAAAUAAUAACCGAUAAGCAAGGUGUUGAGAUAGGUGGACAGCGUAGUUCAAUAUUAACUUGGCGAGCUAAACUAUUCCAACUUGCUUCGGAAGUCAUUGAUAAAGCCAUAAUAUAUGAAGAGGCAAGUGUAAUUGUGAAUGAUGGUCUUCAAAGUUUGCUAGGCAAGAUUGAAUCAAUAGUUAGCAACACGAAAAGUGGAGGCAUUUCUGAAAAAGGUAGCACUGCUCAUGACUAUGAGGCUUUGAAAGACCCAUCUGCUGUGAGGGCAAAGGGAUGCGGACAAAGAUUAAAAAGGGGAAAGGAGAAGGCUGCUCAUCUAUAUAGGUCCUCACAAAAUGAGGAAAGUCCUCAGAACGCCUCGGAAUAUGAUUCUAAAGCUAAUAGUUUGUCUUCCACAGGUCUGCAUGAGAAAAUGAAAGGAUGA